CCUGCGCUCGCCAUGGCCGCCGGGGCGGCUACGUGAGCCGCUCGGCCAACCCCGCGCCGGGGCCGGGCCGCCCUGAGAGCCGCCGCGGAACCUGCGGCGCCGGAGCCCCGGGCCAUGCGGCCCCCGCCGCCGCCGCUGUCGCUCCUGUCGCUGCUGCUGCUGCUCGGCGGCCACGGCACCGCCGCGCCCCCGGCAGACUCUCUCUCCCAGCUGCCAGCUCCUCGAAACCCGAAGGUUCACCUGUACAACGCCGAGCAGGUUUUGACUUGGGAGCCGGGGUCCCUGAGCAAUGACAGCAGGCCAGUGGUCUACCAGGUGCAGUACAAAUACUUCUCUGGCAGUAGGUGGUACGAUGCCAACGACUUAGGUGUGAACUGUAUGAACCUCACCAAGCCGGAGUGUAACUUCACCCCAAGCAGCCUCUCAAAGGGUUUCCCACCACAUUUCAACAUCUCUUUACGCGUCCGAGCUAAGCUGGAGGACCUGGCUUCCCCCUGGCUGACAGUGCCUUGGUUCCUGUCCUGUUGGAAUGUUACCGUUGGGCCUCCUGAGAACAUCUGGGUGACACCGGGAGAAGCCUCCCUGAUCAUCAGGUUCUCCUCUCCCUUCGACAUCCCUCCCGACCGGGGCUAUUUCCAGUACUAUGUCCAUUACUGGGAAAAGGCAGGAAUCCAAAAGGUUAAAGGUCCUUUCAAGAGCAACUCCAUCGUGUUGGAUGGGUUGAGACCCUUAAGAGAAUACUGUUUACAAGUGAAGGCGCAUCUCUUUCGCACAUCCUGCAACACCUCUAGACCCGGCCGCUUAAGCAACAUAACUUGCUACGAAACAAUGAUGGAUGCCACUACCAAGCUUCAACAAGUCAUCCUCAUCGCCGUGGGAGUCUUUCUGUUGCUGGCGGUGCUGGCGGGGGGCUGUUUCUUCCUGGUGCUGAGAUACAAAGGCCUGGUAAAAUACUGGUUUCACUCUCCGCCAAGCAUCCCGUCACAAAUCGAAGAGUAUCUGAAGGACCCAAGCCAGCCUAUCCUAGAGGCCCUGGACACAGACACAUCGCCAACGGAUGAUGCCUGGGACUCGGUGUCCAUCGUUUCGUUUCCAGAGAAGGAGCAAGAAGAUGUUCCCCAAAGCACUUUGACCCAAAACUCUGCUGCGGUCUGCUAGCCUGUGGGGUGAGGCUCUGAGCCGAGGAAGCUGCUGAUGUCCAUGUCAGCACUUUAUGGAGCCCGGUCCUCCAUAUUCCUGUCCCCAAAAGGCCCGUCAGUGCCUGGGAAGAUGUAACGGGUCUCAUGGGGGUGACAAGCUUAUUGAUUUUUUUCCUUCAAACUAAGAGUUUUCUAACCAUACACAUUUUCAGAAUAAUUCUACAGAUAUGUCCCCGAAAGAUUAAGAUUUCUCUUAAACACUAAAAAGACAUGUAAUUAUUUGUUAGCAAAUGGGUGUCUGGCACGCCUCUGACACUUUCUCGUCAGCAGCCAGGACAUGAGGUCCUCUCCUUGAUGAAGCCCCUUGGGCAGAUCAUGUCACCCGUCCCAGCCUGUCCCAAGAAGGGACAUUAAGUGGCCCUUCUUCAUAUCCAAACACCUGGCUUGAAAUGUGAUUAGUCCUGUAAAUAGUUUCCCAGAGAUUAAGGCUUUUUUUUUUCCAAGUUAGGAAUAAAAGACUAUAAUUAACUUUUUAAAAGUCAGUGUGAAAUUUCUGCUUUCCACUUCACUUUCUUGAUUUUGGUCUUUAUCUUCUGCAAAGUUUCAACCAUUUAAAAUUCCUCUCUCUAAAUUUCUGUUUUCUUAAGUAACACCCGGUAGAGGCCUCAUGGUCACUCAGCGAGAACAGUCUCCAUAUGUCCCCUGAUUCCCUAGGAGGGUAUAAAGGGCACUUUCAGAAGCUGCAUGAGCACGUCACCCAGGAUGACUCAUGCGUUGACCAAGACAGGGGCUUGUAGGCAGUGAAGAGAAUUUGCUAACGGUCAACGGUGACACCCACCAGGCAUGUGCGUCUUCUGAUCAUGUAAGUAUCGACAGGUUCUGGAUUAAAAAUCCAUUUCUGUGACUCUUAGCAUUUAGGAAGUGGACGUGUAGUUGCUUGUCCCCCCUCACCCCCCGGCACACACACACACACACAUCCCAAGUGAUACACUUGCUGUAAGGUCUGCUUUCCAAAGAAUCCCCUCCCGGCAGCCAAACCUCACUGGGUAGGGGAGGGAGUGACUAUAAGAAGAAGAAGCUUCUAGCACUCAUUGAUGGGGUCACUUCUCUCUCUCAUUCGGCGCCUGUGCCACUGGUGAGGAAUCGGCCCUGGGGUUGAGCUUCUAAGCAAACGCUGCUCCCAGAGGCCUGGCUGGGGCCGGGCUCUCCGAUGUUAUUGUGUCGGAGGGGAAAGCGUGCCCCUGACUCCAAACCCGCUUCACCAUCCUAACUCGGUAAACACCCCGAGGAGGCCUGGGCUGGGCCUACAAUCUGGGGGGAAAGGACAGGAAUUAGUAGAGGGAGAGACUCCUUUUCUGUGUAUCUUCCCCCAAGAAACACGUGGUUCUACUUUGUCACGUGAAGAGCUAGUCAGUGGGAUUCAUACUUAUACUCACUUGGGAUUUAGUUUCUCGUCAAGCGAAGUACCGAACCAUAAAAUGAGUCAGAAGCAAUCUUAUCAGUCAAUUACAACAGAGCAAACUGCAAGCCAUUCGGCAAAGCCAGCCUGCUCCCCGCAUUUGUAGUUAAGAAUAGUUCCUACACCUUUAAACAGUUUGGGGGGGAAAAAUCAAAAGAAUAGUAUUCCAUCACACAUGAAAAGUACAUGGAAUUUAAAUUUCAGUGUCUACAAUAGCCAAACUAUGGAA